AUGACCGAAGAUUUGAGCCAACAUCUGCUGAAUUGCCAGUCCCGCCCGAAUUGCCGUGUGUAUCUGACCGAAGACACCAUCUGCGAGCCAUACUGGUGGUGGUUCGGGCUUUCUGCCGCCAUCCUGCUGGUCUCCACAAGCAUCUCGGCUUAUUUCUAUUCCUCCGGUGCACGUGCUGGUGGCCCUGUGCGGCAGUGCGCCCUCUUCUUGGCGUCCAUGUUCCAGCUGAGCUACCUCGUCGAUCUCUGCAAUGCCAUCUCUGGUAGAGAUCAGCAUGAGGAUGGUCGUGAGGCCAUCUUGGUGCGAGACAUCGCCGUCAAGAUGCUCGAGUGCACGCCGCAGCUGUACUUGCAGUCCUACGUAUUCCUUCUCACCGUGAGCGUCCAUAGGGAUCUAUUCAGGGUGACUUCGGUGCUGACAUCUGCGGUGUCUUUAAGCGUGGGACUAACGAAGUUUUGGGCCGCAGCAGCACCCCGGUUUGAGAGGUUCUUCCCGCGGUUCAGGCAGAAAGUCGCCUUCGGCGCCUUCCUCGCCAGCGACCAGCUGCUGCGAGCUGCUGGCUAUGCCUUCGCGUUUUCGAGAGCCGUGCGGCCUAUCGGGAUCCCACUGGCCGUGCUCUUCCUGCUAGUGGCAUUUGUGGUAUCCUGGAAGGUGGAAGGGAGCCCAUGCAUUGGAUUCUUGAGUGGCAUAGUGGGUGGAAUCCUGGUGCCAUUGAGCAGCCUCGGAGAUUGCCUGCGCCCGGCACAGGCCAAGUCACGAAUGAAGGACACGUGCUGGAGGACUUUCUACAUCUACGGGCUACUGCCCUUCAGGUACCUUGAGAUGACCAUCUACGGCCUGUUGGGUUUGACCAUUGCUAAGACAACCUGCGGCCUUCCGCCGAUCGACGAAGUCGCGAUGUUUUUUGGGCUGAUGGCUUUUAAUCUGGUCCUGCUGGUCUUCAUGCGGACUUGCAUGAGUUGGGAAAACCGAGAAAGCCGAAAGGGUAUUGAGGGGCAGGUCCAAAGUGGCAUGGAGCUUGAGGCAGUCACCUUUGGCAUCCCUUUUCCCGGCAUUGAAUGA